GCUUUUGCUGACUGUGCCACACUCAAGAGAUGGUAGUCUUGCAGUUUCUUGCGCUUUUUGCGCAACUCUUCCAUCUAUUCCUUCCUCAAGUGGCCGAGGCUCAGUACAUCCAAGACUACAUCAAGGAUACUACAACCGGAAAAUACACCUACCGGUCUAUUUCAUCCGUUCCCCCAUGGCCGGUUAUCGACCUCCACUCGGCGGUGUUCCUUCAAUACAACUGUUUCUACAUGAAGGAAAUAUGCAAGAAUGCCGACAACUUUGCGGCGACCCCAAGAGGACAGAACCUACAUCCUAACAGCCAGCUUGCUAAUAAUGUGUACGGCUAUGAUCUGGAUACAGGCAAAACCAACAAGUAUCAGGCAAACACUCGCCAGGAGAACCGUCGCAGCGCAUCAUGUCCGGGUAGCUGGAAAAAUACCCACCACUGUCCGGAAACCGAUCAGCAGAGGCCUAUGCGACAUGAUGGCCAGUGGUUCACGUCCGCGACAGAGCCAGGGUCAUAUACCCUUGAGCACAGGAGGGAUGCAAACAGAAACGUGAUCGGAUACAGCAAUAUCCGGUACAGCUGUGAUGAGUUCCCACCGGCCACAUGGGUUGAGGGUGGAAGCGGCGAGACGUACCUUAACGUGUCCCAAACCAGGUGUGCUGCGAUUCGCUGCGCGGCUGAUGCCAAAGCAGAACAAGACUGGCAAGCAUCCGCUCAUGGACGUCUUCGUGAAGCGCUCGAACAAUUAGCCAGCAGCGAUCCGCAAUAUGUCAGGUAUAAAUCCAUCAUUCUUUUCACUCUGAUGCGCGACACCCUACCCUGGGAUGGCAUAGCCGCUCGCAUCACUGUCAUGCUGGAUAAUGGGCCUGAAGAGAAGUUCAUUUACCAGAACGGCCCGGACAAACGCUCAGCAGGAAGAAACGGCACCUUCAAAUUUGCCGGCAGGCCCCCGAGGCCCGUCACGGCCGCAGAGCUUAGAGCCCGCGUCGAGGCGGGUGAAGGGUAUGAACAUCGGGUGCACGCCAAUCUGUCGGAGACUCUGCACAAUGUUCUCCAGUCAGACCUUUUGGGUGAAACGAUUCCCAUGCCUCGCAGUAUGGAACGUUUCUACCGCUGGGAUCAAGAAGAUGCGGUGGCCGAAGAGCAAGCGAGACGGAGCCGAAAUGCGACCCUUCCCAGAACUCUACCAGAGAAUGUCGUUCCUCAGCCACGGACCAUGCCAGAACAAAACGUUACACCACUGCUCAAAAGAGCGACAGUCAAAGAUCUUGAAGCCGCACGAAACAUCGUGAAGAAAGCGCUGGCCGACUCGUCAAGGUUGAACAAGGCCCGAGUGGCUCGGCCCCUCCGCAACAAAUACAGCUUGAAGCCCGGGACCAUGGUCGGUGGAGGUGGCGUUGUAGGUAAGCAAAAUAUCGCAUACAGAGGUAUUGACCAGGAUGUACCGCCGCUUCUGGAUAUCACGGAUGAAAUUGCAGCAGCUGCAGCCCUUGUUGCAGAGGCCGACUCGCUGGGUGGAUGGAAAAAUGUCACGAAGCGUGCGGCUACGACAAGCGCGGGGACUUAUUGGAUGCAAAGUCUUGCUCGCAAAGGCACUGUGCCUUGGGGAGAUGAACCCGACUAUGCCAUCUUCAGAAAUGUACUCGAUUAUGGAGCGGUGGGAGAUGGCAUUACGGAUGACACAAAAGCUAUAAGCAAGGCCAUGGGGACAAACAGCACCCGAUGUGGCAAAGGAUGCAAUGGGUCUACGACUAAGAACGCCAUCGUGUAUUUCCCCCCCGGGACUUACCUAGUAUCCUCUACCAUAGCCCUGCCUUUCGGAACACAGGUCAUUGGUGAUGCUAACAACCGGCCGACCAUCGUCGCUGCUCCAAGCUUUGUCGGUCUAGGUGUCUUGUCCACGGAUGAGUAUACCGGAGACGGAGGCCAGGGUGUUGAUGGCGGAGACCCUGAAUAUUACGUCAACACCGCCAAUUUCUACCGUCAAAUUCGAAAUAUUGUCAUAGACAUCCGAAAGGUCACUUCAGGAACCACGGUCACCUGUCUCCACUACCAAGUCGCUCAAGCCACAAGCCUUCAGAACGUCGAGCUAAUAGCAGCAGCUGGCUCGUCCCAAAUAGGUUUGUUCGCAGAGAAUGGCUCCGGUGGAGGCAUUUCCGAUGUCACGUUUACCGGGGGUGGAAUCGGGCUGAAAGGUGGCGAGCAACAGUUCACUGCGCAACGCCUCAAGUUCAAUGGAUGCACAGUUGGAAUCCAAGUUAUCUGGGACUGGGGAUGGGUAUGGAAGUCCAUCGCCAUGAACAAUGUGAAGACGGGAUUUCAGCUCGUCGGUGAUGGUGGCGUUGGCAACAUCGGCUCAGUCUCAAUCAUGGACUCUUCCUUUACAAACGUCGGUACUGUCGUCAUUGUCAAUCCCAUAACAGCAACUCCUGGAAAGGGCAGCACAGGGAUUGCCCUUGAUAACAUUGUCCUUUCAGGUGUCUCGGUUGCUGUAGCUGAUACCACUGGCGCCACGCUUCUGGCCUCAUCGCCUGUCAUUGACCAGUGGGUCGUUGGACCUGUCUAUGAAGGAUCGACGACGGCUCGUACUUUCUCCAUGGGUGGGAAAGUCGGGAACUACCGAAGGCAUUCGACGCUUCUGGAUCCUCAAGGCAACUACUUUGAACGCCCCAAGCCUCAGUACGAAGAUCAAUCUACUUCCAUGUUUCUGCAUACGAAGGACCUCGGGUGUAAAGGUGAUGGCUCCACCGACGAUACAAAAGCGUUCCAGGCGGCGCUAUACGCAAGUUUGGGCAAGAUUCUCUUCGUCGACGCCGGAUCAUAUAUUCUCACCUCGACUAUCAUUAUCCCCUCCGGCACCAAGAUUGUGGGCGAAGCAUGGUCUCAAUUGGUUGCGUCAGGCUCGUAUUUCUCGGAUGCCAGCAAUCCCAAGGUCAUGAUCAAAGUUGGAAAUGCCGGAGACGUUGGCAAUGUGGAGAUGCAGGACCUCCUUUUCACCACCCGCGGCGCGACAGCCGGUCUGAUCGUCAUCGAAUGGAAUAUCCAAGCUGAUGCACAAGGCUCCGCCGGGCUUUGGGAUUGCCACGUACGCAUAGGAGGUGCGACGGGAACAGAAUUGACACCUGCAGAGUGUCCUCCCGUCACUAGCGGUAUCAACUCAGACUGCUCUGCGGCUAGUCUUAUGAUGCAUCUUACCCCAUCAGCGUCGGGUUACUUCGAAAAUAUGUGGCUUUGGGGAGCCGACCACAUGCUCGAUGACCCUGAUCUGGUCAGCGGAAACAAUAGCAUGGUGCAGACCUCUGUUUAUGUUGCUCGUGGCUUUUUGAUUGAAAGCACAAAACCCACUUGGCUUUACGGGACCGCGUCCGAGCACGCUGUGUUCUACCAGUACAAUUUUCACAAGGCAGCAAACAUAUACGCUGGCAUGUUGCAAACCGAAUCGCCUUACUUCCAACCGACUCCGCCACCACCAGCUCCUUUUGCUGCCGUUGUUGGUCUUUUGCCCGGGGACCCCGAGUAUACAUGUGCUGCUGGAGAUGAAUUUAGUGGCUGUGAUCAAUCCUGGUCUGUGGUCAUGACAGGCUCGGCGAACAUAUUUGUCGCUGGUGCAGGCAUCUACACUUGGUUCUCUACAUAUGCGCAGACGUGCAUCGAUACGCAGUUAUGUCAAAAGGCACUUAUGCUUCUCCGAAACAAUUUCGCCAACGUUCGUUUCCAGAAUCUUGUCACCAUCGGUGCCAAAUACAUGGCUGUCAUGGACGGCAAAGGCAUUCCGGCCAUGGACAACCUCAACGUCGACACGCACCCCAAUUGGUCCCAAAUCAGCAUUCUCGAUGUCGGUACCAACGGCACCACCAAGUUUGAUGAAGCCAUUUGGAUCGACCCCACGAUCUGGGAGAUGGAUGAACCCAAAUUCACAUGCUCUCCUCCUUGCAAUGUGAAACUACCACCGUGGAGAGGUGCAACCAGUACUGUCAACUAUCCAUUGGUCACUGUCAGUCAAGGAACCUGGACAAGCACCAUCACGCAGGCGCCAUUGACCGUUACCGAAUGGGUGUUUGAGCCAGUAACCCUAAACCAGGCUGUCGCGGAUAAGAACAAACGUGUAGAGGUUGUGACUAUAUGGCCUGUUCCAGCAACGACACCUGUCUGGCCUGCUAUUGUUUACACGGGCAACGACGGAAGGGCAACAACAACAUCUGCCACUGGUGCCUUCCCCAAGCCUCCGGCAUCCAUCGGUCCGAACGCCCCUACGCCCCCCUCCGGAAGCUGGCCCAAGCAACCUGUCCGGGCAUACUUUGGCUUUCCUGAAAACCCAUUGGUUGAUGAGUGUUCCUUCACCGACUUCUACGAUCCCUUCUGUUUCACUCCGCCCUGGUUCGGAAACAUGACCAGACCAGGAGUUCCAGACAGUGGGGAUUAUUUCAACGAGAAUAGCGCGGAACUUCAGACGACCUGCCCUCCCGUUACUUCUACGACAACGUCAACUAUCAAGUCUAACCCUACUCAACCCGUGCAGGAGCCAGAGCCCUUGCCCUCGACCUAUGAGCAAGGUGAUGCGCGGACCAACUCUCUACAAUGUUACAACAGUGGAGAAGACACCGAGGGGGUGCGGAUGCUAAACGCCGCCAAGAGCUUUUGCGACUCAAUCGAGCACUCGGACCUUGGACCUGGGUUCUUUUUGUCCAAAGACUUCGACUUCCCGUAUAACAGUGGCAUUGGUUUUGUUUCCAUUACUAUCUCGCUUGAAAUAAAGGCUAAGUGUAGCUUCGUAUACAACAAAAACUUAUGCGUUCACUACUUGUCCGUGCCUACAGACAGUUGCAAUUGUGGUGGAGUAAACCACAAGCAGGGCGGAAAAUUAACAAACAAUUGUUAUGUGUGGAGAAUUGACCCUAACCGUCGACUCUAACGAACGGUAGUUCUAUUGUAAGUAUUACUGCUUGAUUCCUGUAUAUAGAAAAGUGCUGCACUGUAGUGGUGUAGCCAGUUGUAUUAAUAGGAAUCUAGAGAGUUAGAAAACGAGUUUACUUACUAACACGUACUAAAAACUUAUAAGUACGUACUUUUUAAAUCUAGCGGCUAUU